AUGGCGGUGUCUGCGCUCCUCCUGGGGCUGGCGCUGGCGCUGGCGGCGUCGCGGGCGGCGGGCGCGGGCAUGGGCGCGUGCUACGACGGCGCGGGGCGCCCGCAGCGCUGCCUGCCGGAGUUCGAGAACGCAGCGUUCGGCCGGUUGGCGGAGGCCUCGCACACGUGCGGCAGCCCGCCCGAGGACUUCUGCCCGCACGUGGGCGCCGCGGGCGCAGGGGCACAGUGCCAGCGCUGCGACGCCGCCGACCCCGAGCGCCACCACAACGCUUCCUACCUCACCGACUUCCACAGCCAGGACGAGAGCACCUGGUGGCAGAGCCCGUCCAUGGCCUUUGGCGUGCAGUACCCCACCUCGGUCAACAUCACUCUCCGCCUGGGGAAGGCCUAUGAGAUCUCCUACGUGAGGCUAAAGUUUCACACCAGUCGCCCCGAGAGCUUCGCCAUCUACAAGCGCAGCCGCAGCGACAGCCCCUGGGAGCCCUACCAGUUCUACAGCGCGUCCUGCUGGAAGACCUACGGUCGGCCCGAGGGCCAGCACCUGCGCCCCGGCGAGGAUGAGCGUGUGGCCUUCUGCACCUCCGAGUUCAGCGACAUCUCACCGCUGAGUGGGGGCAACGUGGCCUUCUCCACCCUGGAGGGCCGGCCCAGUGCCUACAACUUCGAGGAGAGCCCUGGGCUGCAGGAGUGGGUCACCAGCACCGAGCUUCUCAUUUCUCUAGACCGGCUCAACACAUUUGGUGAUGACAUCUUCAAGGACCCCAAGGUGCUCCAGUCCUACUACUAUGCUGUGUCUGACUUCUCAGUGGGUGGCAGGUGCAAGUGCAAUGGGCACGCCAGCGAGUGUGGCCCCGAUGGGGCGGGCCGGCUGGCCUGCCGGUGCCAGCACCAUACCACCGGCCUGGACUGUGAGCGCUGCCUGCCCUUCUUCCAGGACCGCCCAUGGGCCCGGGGCACUGCUGAGGCCGCCCAUGAGUGUCUGCCCUGCAACUGCAGUGGCCGCUCUGAGGAAUGCACAUUUGACCGGGAGCUCUUCCGCAGCACGGGCCAUGGUGGGCGCUGUCUCCACUGUCGUGACCACACGGCUGGGCCGCACUGUGAGCACUGCCAGGAGAACUUCUAUCACUGGGACCUGCAGAUGCCAUGCCAGCCCUGCGAUUGCCACGCAGCAGGGUCCCUGCACCUCCAAUGUGAUGACACGGGAACCUGCACCUGCAAGCCCACUGUGACGGGCUGGAAGUGUGAUCGCUGCCUACCUGGGUUCCACUCACUCAGCGAGGGAGGCUGCAGACCCUGCACUUGCAAUUCUGCUGGCAGCCUGGGCACCUGUGACCCCCGCAGCGGGCGCUGCCCCUGCAAAGAGAAUGUGGAAGGCAGCAUGUGUGACAGGUGCCGUCCCGGGACGUUUAACCUGCAGCCUCACAAUCCUGCCGGCUGCAGCAGCUGCUUCUGCUACGGCCACUCCAAGGUGUGUGCGGCCGCCGCCCACUUCCAGGUGUACCAUAUCCUCUCUGACUUCCACCAGGGAGCGGAGGGCUGGUGGGCCAGAAGUGGAGGGGGGUCCGAGCAUCCCCCACGAUGGAGUCUGAGUGGGAUCCUGCUGAGCCCAGAAGAAGAAGAGGAGCUCACAGCACCAGAAAAGUUCCUGGGAGACCAGCGGUUCAGCUACGGGCAGCCCCUCACACUCACCUUCCGGGUGCCUCCUGGGGGUACCCCACCCCCUGUGCAUCUGAAGCUGGAAGGGGAAGGCUUGGCCCUGUCUCUGAGGCACUCCAGCCUGUCCAGCCUGAAGGACACUGGGCAACCUGGGGAGGCACAGCUCAGUUUCCUCCUGCAGGAGACCUCCGAGGAUGUGGACCCUCCGCUACCCCCGUUCCACUUCCAGCGGGUCCUCACCAAUCUGACCAGUCUUCACAUCUGUGCCAGCCACCACCAGAGUCCAGGCCCUGCCGGCCAAGUGCUCCUGACUGCCGUUCGGCUCACAUCAGCCCGGCAGGGGCUUUCCUCCCCAGCCUCCUGGGUGGAGACUUGUUCAUGUCCCAAGGGCUACACGGGCCAGUUCUGUGAAUCCUGUGCUCCAGGAUACAAGAGGGAAACACCACGAGGGGGUCCCUAUGCCAACUGUAUCCCUUGCACCUGUAACCAGCAUGGCACCUGUGACCCCAACACCGGGAUCUGUGUGUGCAGCCACCACACUGAGGGCCUGUCCUGUGAGCGCUGCUCGCCUGGUUUCUAUGGCACACCCUUCACAGGCCAAGCCAACCCCUGCAAGCCCUGCCCCUGCCCCAGACAGUCGGCCUGCACAGUCAUGCCAGGAAGCGGAGAGGUGGUGUGCACUCACUGUCCACCGGGCCAGAGAGGGCGGCGCUGUGAGAUCUGUGAUGAUGGCUUUUUUGGGGACCCACUGGGGCUCUCUGGAGCCCCCCAGCCUUGCCGCCAGUGCCAAUGCAACGGAAAUGUGGACCCCAAUGCCGUGGGCAACUGUGACCCCCUGUCUGGCCACUGCUCACGCUGCCUGCACAACACAACGGGUGAUCACUGUGAGCGCUGUCGGGAAGGCUUCUACGGAAGUGCCCUGGCGCCAUGGCCUGCUGAGAGAUGUGCAUCCUGCAGCUGCAACCCUGAGGGCUCAGUCGGUGAGCAGAUACCCUGCGACCCUGUGACAGGCCAGUGUUCUUGUCUGCCUCAUGUGACCGGGAGGGACUGCGGCCACUGCAGCCCUGGCUUCUUCGACCUCCAGCCUGGGAGGGGCUGCCGGAGCUGUAUGUGUCACCCGCUGGGUUCCCAGGAGAACCAGUGCCACCCCAAGACUGGCCAGUGCCCCUGCCGCCCAGGUGUUGUGGGCCAGGCCUGUGACAGAUGCCAGCUCGGUUUUUUUGGCUUCUCCAUCAAGGGCUGCCGGGCCUGCCGGUGCUCCCCACUGGGCACCACCUCAGCGCAGUGCCACGAGAACAGCACAUGCGUGUGCAGGCCCGGCUUUGCGGGCUACAAAUGUGACCGCUGCCAUGACAACUUCUUCCUCACGGAGGAUGGCACACAGUGCCAGGAGUGCCCCAUCUGCUACAGCCUGGUGAAGGAAGAGGCAGCCAAGCUGAAGGCCAGACUGACCUUGAUGGAGGAGUGGCUGCAGGGGUCUGACUGCAGCAGUCCCUGGGGACCACUGGACAUUCUGCUGGGAGAGGCCCCCCGGGGGGAUGUCUAUCAGGGCCACCACCUGCUGCCAGGGGCCCGAGAAGCCUUCCUGGAACAAAUCACAGGCCUUGAGGGUGCUGUGAAGGCCACCCGGGAGCAGCUGCGGGUGCUGAGCAAGGGUGCCCACUGUACCCAGACUGGAGCCCGGAAGACCUGUGUCCAGCUGGCAGACGUGGAGGCAGUGCUGGCGUCCUCAGAAGAGGAGAUUCUACAUGCAGCCACCGUUCUUGAAUCUCUGGUGAUUCCUCUGGAAGGACUCAGCCCGCCCAUACACUGGAGUCCUCUGGCUACAGAGGCCCGUGCCCUUGCCAGGAGUCACAGAGGCAGCGCUGCUAGGAUUGAAGCUGCUGCCUGGAGGGCACUGCUUGCCUCCAACGCCAGUUACACGCUUCUCUGGAGUCUGGUGGAGGGUACUGUGGCCCUGGAAGCUCAACGGGAACUGGAGGACAGGUACCAGGAGGUCCAGGCAGCCCAGAAAGCACUGGGCAUAGCUGUCACUGAGGCGCUGCCUGAAGCCAAGAGAGUGCUGGCCACUGUGCAGGAUGUCAUCGCAGAUGCUGCCCCGUGCCUAGCGUCACUGGCUGCCUCUGGAGCACUGCCUCAGAAGUCCAAGGCUGAGGACCUGGGGCAGAAGGUGAGGGCCCUGGAGAAGACAGCUGCAUCAAGAGAGCGUGUGGCCACUGAGGCUGUCCAAGCCCUCCAGGCCACUGCCCAGGCAGUGCUACAGAAGAUGGAACCCCUCUUACAGCUGCAGCAGGAGGCCAGCACCACCCUGACCCGAGCUUCCUCAUCUGUCCAGGCUGCCACAGUGACCACCAUGGGGGCCAGGACCCUGCUGGCUGACCUGGAAGGAAUGAAGCCGCGGUUUCCUCAGCCCAGAGACCAGGCCGUGCUGCGGAGGAAGGCAGGCAUCGUCAGGGACAGGCUCCUUGCAGAUGCGAAGAAGACGACUAAGCAUGCAGAGAGGAUGCUGGGAAAUGCGGCAUCUCACUCCUCCAGCGCCAAGAAGAAGGGCAGAGAAGCAGAGCUGUUGGCCAAGGACAAUGCCCAGCUUGCCAAGGCCCUGCUGAGGGAAGGGAAGCAGGGGCACCGCCGUGCCAGCCGACUUGCCAGCCAGACACAGGCCACACUCCGACAGGCCUCCCAGGAGGUGCUGACAUCCGCAGUGCUUAGACGGGAGCAGGAGGAAGCUGAGCGGGUGGGUGCCGGGCUGACUGAGUUGGAGCGGCAGAUCCAGGAAUCGCGCCUCUCCCUGAAGAAGGACAUAGAGGCUUUGUCGGAGCUACUUGCCAGGCUGGGGUCUCUGGAUGCCAAUCAAGCCCCAGCCCGGGCCCUGAAUGAGACUCAGCAGGCUCUGGAACGCUUGAGACUGCAGCUGAGCUCACCAGGGACCCUGCAGGGGAAACUGAGGCUGCUGGAACAGGAGUCUGAGCAGCAGGAGCUGCAGAUCCAAAGCUUCGAGAAUGACCUCACCCAGAUCCGCACUGACAAGAAGAACUUGGAGGCCAUUCUGCACAGCCUGCCUGAGCACUGCGCCAGCUGGCAGUGA